UAUUUGAAGUUCAUGAAGUUGAAUAAAGCUCCUCUCUCUCUCUCUUCUUCUCUUGGACCGAGGCCACUGUAAUAACCAUCAUCCUCCUUCACUCAGCCAAUCAUAUGUCUCGGGGCUGCAGGGGGUCGUGGAGCGGCUCUAUAAACCCCCCUGGAGGAGAAGCGAGCCCCCUCCAGACCCUCUGCGCGCUCCUCGUGCGGUAAAGGACAGGAGAUGAAGGCGCUGGUGCUCGCGCUCGUCCUGCUGCCGCUGCUGAUUGGCGGGCGGGCUGAGGAGGGCGAGCAGUGCUCCACCUGCGAGUCUCGGCAGCAGAGCAAGCUGAUGCGCCUGCGCUCCAUCAAAGCGCAGAUCCUCAGCCUGCUGCGCCUCGACCAGGCGCCCAACAUCAGCCGCGAGGCCGUCCGCCAGCUGCUGCCGCGCGCGCCGCCGCUGCUCGAGCUGCUCAGCCAGUACGAGCAGAAGGGGGGGAUGGCGGACGAUGAUGAGGAGCAGGCGACCACCGAGACCAUCAUCGCCGUGGCCACAGAACCUCCGGGCACUAAGGGGAACAGUGUACCUCGCUGCUGCCUGUUCUCACUGAGCCCAAAGAUCCUGCCAGACAACAUAGUGAAGGCCCAGCUGUGGUUUCACCUGCGGCUCGGUCAGAAGGCCACCACUGUGUCCAUGCAGCUGUCGCGCCUCAGCAGUCGCUCCAGUAUCCGGUCGCUUCAGCUCGCUGUGGACGCUCAGACCAAUCCUUGGCAGAGCGUUGACAUGAAGCAGCCACUGCAGGCCUGGCUAGAGAGCCCAGAGAGCAACUUCGGCAUUGAGAUCAAGGCAGUGGACGCCGACGGAAAGGACCUGGCUGUGACUUCUGCUGAGUCAGGAGAGGAAGGGCUUCAACCCUUCCUCGAGGUGAAGAUAGCUGAGAGUCCAAAGCGUUCUCGGCGAGACUCUGGCCUGGACUGUGAUGAGCGCUCCACAGAGUCCCGCUGUUGCCGCUACCCCCUCACUGUGGACUUCGAGGACUUCGGCUGGGACUGGAUCAUUGCGCCCAAACGCUACAAGGCCAACUACUGCUCUGGCGAGUGUGAACAGGUGCACUUGCAGAAGUACCCGCACACGCACCUGGUGAACAAGGCCAACCCUCGUGGCACUGCAGGACCCUGCUGCACACCCACCAAAAUGUCGCCCAUCAACAUGCUCUACUUCAACCACCAGGAGCAAAUCAUCUACGGCAAAAUCCCGUCCAUGGUUGUGGACCUUUGUGGCUGCUCUUGAGUACAGGGACCAUAUUAGGAACAUUUCCUAGAGGGCGCUCUGGGGUACACGAUCCAUCUUUAGCAGGGCCUUCACAUCUCCAGGCCCGGAACAAAAAACACAAUUUUGGCGCUUUCCCCCAAAACCUCCAGACAGCAACAUCAAUCAUACAAUGACAAUUCAUUCUGAUGCAGUGCCACUCAUUGAUCAAUGAAUGACACAUCAUCUGUGCUAACUGUCAUUGGAUCAAACUGUUUCACUAAAGGACAAGUUUUUUUUCUUAACAAGUGGACUGUUGCAGUAUAAAUCAAUAAAUCAACUCUACACAUUAUGUUGGUUAUAGUUCAAAGACUAGGUUGAGACCACCUCAAAGCAAUGACUUCCGGUAAGUUACUGUCACAUUGCUCAAGUUAGCAACAUACUUCAAACUACCCAAAAAAUCCGGUCCUAAAAUGAAUAAGUCAUGCAAAUCAUUGUAGCCAUUGUAGAGAUUGCAGAACCAAAAUGAUGGUGUUCAUGAUUAAUCAUACUUAGGGAGACACGGUGGUAAUUUAAAUUACUCACAAUCAGAUAGACAUCUCAGAACAGAUACAGUGAUGAUUACAAACAGUUGUAGUCUAAGAAGGGUCUUAGAACCAACAGGGUGAGAAUUACAAACAACUGCAGUAAGCAGGUCUCAUAACUAAUAAGGUGGUGAUUAUGACCGAUCCCCGUCAGAAGAUCAAUCACAGUCAAAGGGAAGUCAUGUGUGGGUCUCAGAAUCAACAAGAUGUUCACCAGGGCUAAUCACAGUCUGGGGAAUUUUCUCAACCAAUUAAGCAGGUAGUAUGCCCAAUCACAGUUGGGAUGUUUAAGAAGUAUUAAGGUGGUGAUUAGGACCUGUCUUUGUAAGGGGAGGUCUCAGAACCUACUCUGGCAUGAUUAACAUAUGUCCAAUUCAAGAGGAGUUUGCAGAAGAAUGAGGACAGUGAUUAGUACUUGUCUUAGUAAGAGAAGGUCUUAGAACCAACAAGGUUGUGAUUAAGACCAAUAUCAGCUGGAGGUUCCAGGACCAAUAAGAUGGAGUUUAAGACCAGUCACAAUCAGGAGGUUCCAGAAACAAUAAGUUGGUGAUUAAGACCAGCCACAAUCAGGAGGUUCCAGGACCAAACACAGUCAGGAGGUGCUAGGACCUAUAUGGUGGUGAUUAAGAGCAGUCACAUUCAGGAGAUUCUAGGAACCAAAAAGGUGGUGAUUAAGACCAGUCACAGUCAGGAAGCUCCAGAACUAUUAAAGUGGUGAUUGGAAGCAAACACAGUCAAAGUGAAUGUCUCAUAAAAAUUAGGCAAUUAUUAGGACUAAUCACAGUUUUAAGGCCUCAGCAUACUUCCUGCGACACAAUCUUUGCGAGCAUUGUGUGAAGCAAAAUCUCCCUUUAUUAGUUUAGGAGCAUGCAUACUUUCUUCAGUUUAUCUACCUGUUGCCUACUGCAAAGUGUCUUCCAUGUGCAUGAAUACACAACGCACAAUGUUUGUGAUUGUUUUCUCCACAGUUACUGCACAUUGUUUGCCAAGCGAACACUAUCUCUGCAGAAGUAUGCUGAGGCCAGUGCUGGUCCAGCGCCCUGCCACUUUAGUUUGAGGAUUGCCUGUUUCAAUCCUUGGUGCCACUUACUGUCCGAGAGAGCAUAAUUGGCCAUGCUCUCUCUGGGUGUGUAGAUGGCUCUCCCAAUGAUGAUGGUUAGAUGUCUGUUAGCUGAUGUAUCAGAGAUGGGUUGCAUUGCUGCACUUUCCUACGAGCGUGCUGGCUAUCAAGUGAUGCUGUACACGCUUUAUUCAAGUCAAAUUAAAAUUCAAAUGACCAUUGCCACCACUUGGAGUCUCAUAAACCCUGAUUUAUUUACUGAUGUUCAUUUGUUUUACAGCCAGGCAAGCAAGCUAAUUGCUAGGAAAUGUGCAAUGACAGAAAAAUAUAAAUAUAAUUAUAUUUCUAUACUCUAGAAGUUGAAUGACCAGUAUAACCUUAAGAAGAAAUGUGCACAGAAAGUGAGAAGAAAUCACAGAACAGGGCUAAAGAAGGUCAGUUGAGUUGACAGUCAGCGAAAGCUGUUGUGUAAAAGCACUUGUUGAUGACCCAAAAGCACCUUGUCCUUUGGUACCCUGUCGCAGAACAGCCUCGCUGACCCAGCUUUGGCCAUGUGGACUAGAUUGCAGCUCUUUAAAGAAAUAAACAUUCACACAGCAUAUUUUGCAUGCUGGGAAAUCCCACUGGGACACAAAAACAGCACAGUUUUGCCCCUGGUUUAAGGACAAUGAGGGCAGCUGUUCCCUCUGUUCGAAUGGCAGUUCUGUGAAAAGUAAGAUUUGCACAAUGUCCCCUUUACCCCAAAUAUGAUGUGUCAGUCAAGACAUUUGGUGCUUCUUUAGUUUUAACACCAGUACUACAUAGCUAAUGAAGCUGACAAGUAAAGGAAGCUUAUGAAUAGAAUGAUAGGAGGAAAUUUAGCUUUUUUUUUUUUAAAAAAAGAUGUCUGUGAUGUUUGACAUGCUGCAGCUGACUAUCCCUAUGGUUGUAGUUGUAGCACCGUGGCUGUAUAUACUGUAUGUUGAAGGGUAAAAUUGAGUUACUAAAGAGCAUUCAUGCAUUAACAUUUACUAAUUUACUAAAGCUAAUAAAUAGCCUUAGUAGCCGAUAUUACUAAAUCAUCUCCUUUUAUUUCACUUAUGUGUCUUAAAAUAAAAAAUAUAUAUAUUUUCAAGGUAAUGUAAAUAAUGUGAUAGGGAUGGAUUGUUGCACCCAAUAGCGUCCCACACAUUUUCAGUUGUGGAGAGGUCUGGCGAUUCUGCUGGUCAUAGCAUAGUAUCUGUGAAAUAACAGCAGUAUGUGGAUGAGCAUUGUCCUGUUGGUAUAGCGCUUUGGAGUAUGCAUUCAGAAGAAUGCAGGAAUGCAGGACCUUUGUAAUAUAACACUUGGCUGUCAUAGUGUCUGUAAUAAAACCCACAUCAUGACACCAGGCCUUCUGGAAGGUGUUGAUUGUGACAAAAUCCUUUUAUUUUGCUAUUGACCACAAUGCCUCCACAAACAGGAGUCAUAGCAGCUAUCUUGGAACUUGAAUUCAGUGGGUGAAAGCAUUAGUAAAAAAAACAAAUGUACCCAACCUCAAAAUUCUGAGAGAUCAGUUUUAUUACACACAUUGAUUGUAUAAAACUUCUUAACUGUGAAUCAGUGAGACAAUGGACUCUUAAUCUUAGUCUAAUGUCUCAGCAAGCACUCAAAGGUCUUGCACCUUGAGGAGAAAAGAUGGGAAAGCAAAGUGCUUGCUUGCUGUUCGUAGCUGUGUUAUUUGGCCUCCUGGCUGCCUGGCCUUUGAAAUUUACUGUAAGACAACAGUCUUCACAGCGGCUAUUGAUUGUAUCCAGCCAAUCAGACUAAUAAAAUGCUGUUAUCUGAAAAAGAGAAACACAAGUUCCAGAUGUUUGGCAGUCCUCUGAUAUUAAUAUAAUAAUAAAUAAAAUUGUAAAAUUGUCAAUAAACACUGAAAAAAGUUCA